UCGUGAGCUAAUAAGGAGCUUUCCAUACUUUAAACUUUUCGAUCACUGCCGAAAGAAAUUCAGAUCUCAAUAAAACUUUCGCUUUGUGAAUUUCGUUAAAAAUUCGAAUUCGAACAAACAUGCUGCUAUGUGCCAGCGAUUUUUUGCACAGCGACAGCAAAUUUCCCAGCUGUUGUUAGAAAUAGCAUGAAGCAUCACAAUAAUAUUGACCGCUGCUAUAGAUUUUUAACAAGACUGAGGACUCGUAUUUACAAAAGUUGACAAUAUUUUGAUCGGAAAUAUUAAUAAAUAAAAGAAAAUGUUCAAAAUACAUCCAAAUAAGUCAACGAAAAAGGUGUCCUUGAUAUAAAAAGGUCCCUUUGAAUCAACCUACAAGUUGCAGAUGAAAAUGGCGAUGGCUAGUCUUUGCUAGGAUCGCAAUUCGGCAUCGACAUGUCUUCCGAAGCAAAAAUAUAUUCUGUUGGAGCCCAAAUGGCAAAAAUAAAAGCGUAUUAACGGCUGAAAACCUUGGAUUUGGAGAUCCCAGAAGGUGCCCCUGAUCUUGUGCCAUCUUCACCAGAUAAUGUGGACUUAGACAGAUUGAAGAAGGAUAUCCCGAAAUUUCUAAACAACUCCAGAGUCAUUUCUACUGAACAAAAGGAGUGGUGGGACACCUUCUUUGCAGAUGCUUUGGAAACAUACCAAGUCUCUCCGGAGAAGCGUUCCUUGUGUCUGCUAGACGAAGUAAAGAUCUUAAAGGCUUGUUCUUCAAACACAAUGGCAACACCACAUGCUUUGUCAUCCUUGACCGUGCUUGCAGAAACCCAUGUCAGAUGCCACAGAAAAGGCAGCUGAGCUUGUCAAUGCUCAGUUUAAUGAGAUUCCAGAGGUUUACACUGGCCCUUAUGUGAGACCAAAAACAGUCUCAGAAGUUGAUAACCUGUGGCAGUUUGUGACAGUUGGGGUAUUUGUGGCAGUAAACCUUGAAAAUUAUGAAAAGGUACCCGUCAUUGGCAAAGUUGUUGAAAAAGAUGAAGAUAAUGUCAAGGUGCACUACUGGAAAGGUUCUUGGAACAAGAAAUGGACUCCUUGGUUGUACAAUAAUUUGCCUUGGAUUGAUGAGCUGCCAAAGGACUGUAUAUAUUUAGCAUCAUUUGAACUUGAUGAAAACGAUAAACUGCAGAAGGAUACUAAGCAAAGUAUUAGAGAAUUUUUCAACAAAGACAAAACUAAUUAAAAAUUUUAAAGUGAUAAUGCAAAGA